CAUUAAAGUUGUUACAAUGCAUUAUGUUCAGAAGUAUUUGGAAAAAUAUCAAUUAAUUAAAACAAGCAAUAAUAAAAUGAAUAGCAGAAGUAACACAAACAUAUUUCUUUACUGUAAUUAUUAUAGUUUUUAUUCUCAAAAGGUUUUAAUGACUUUAUAUGAAAAAAAUGUUGAUUUCGAACCAUUAGUCGUGGACAUUACAAAAGGAGAACAAUAUUCACCUUGGUUUCUAGAACUUAAUCCUCGAGGCGAAGUACCCGUUCUGAAAGUUCGUAAUGAAGUUAUACCAGAUUCUACAAGAAUUAUUGAUUAUCUGGAAUAUCAUUUAGAUCAAGAACUUACUCCGAUUAUAAACGUGUCGCGUGAUAGUAAAGUUAUGAAAAACAUAAAUCAUUUCCGAGACCUGUUGGAGGCAUUACCAGCUGGUGUUAUAACAGUUGGUUCAUUUUUCCAUCCUCACUUAUGUGGCACACCAAAAUUGCCAUUUGUUUUCCCAGUUAGAGAAGUACUUAAAAGUGGUGAUUUGGUCAGUUCCAAAAACCUAAGAAAGCUGGCAGAAGAAAAUCCUAAAGCUAAAGGAAUUUUAUUAUAUAAAGCCGAAAUUCAAGAUAGAAAACAUGAAAUAUUAACAAAUGAAGAAGAAUAUUUGAAAGUUUUAAAUAUAGUUGAUGCUGUACUGACUCAAGUAGAAGAUCAAUUGACAGAACAAAAUGAAGAUUGUUGGUUAUGUUGUGACAAGUUUACUAUAGCCGAUGUAAAUUUGUCAAUCAUCCUGCAGCGCUUGUGGGAACUUGGUUUAGAAGAGAGAUUUUGGACAGAUGGAAAACGCCCCCAUAUCGAGACUUACUUUAAUAAAGUAAGACUUCGAGAGUCCUUUGUAAAAACCAUUCCUAACAUGGCUGUUCACAUUAAGUUGAUUUUUACAUCCCAGCCCCCUGCUUAUGUUGGAGCAGCUGGUGCUGUAUCCAUUGGAGUCGUCCUAGCCCUUGCUUAUAUGUUAAAGAAGCUUAUUUAAAUCAUUCUAUUUAAGUUGUUGAUGGAGUGGUAUAAAAGGUAACCUAUACAAUCUCACAUAUUUCACGAAUAUGGAGGUCUAGGUCAUCAUUCAAAGAUUUAUGAUAAAAGUGGUUUUUUAUAUUUCACUUUACAGUAAACUUUAAUCUUUGUUUAGAUACAAGAUAUGAAUCACUUUAUCAUAUUUUCUUUGUUAUUUAAGUAACAGUAUUAUCACAAUGAUUAAAUCGAAUA